AUGGAAUCCUUCCCCUCGGCCGUGGAUCCAACCCCGUCGUCGGUGCUGUUCAAGGAGACCUCCACGGGCUCGCCCCGGGCCCGUGUCGACGAGCUGACCGCCUUGAACCGGACGCGCAGCGGAGAGGCCCAACAUGCGACAUUGAAGCUGCGCCGCGCCAACACCGUGGCCCAGGGUGGCAAUCCGAUCAGACGAAACCAGGAACUGAAGGCGAAGCGCGAGAGAACGGCACCAACAGUGGUUCGGGCCAGGGACAGCAAGGGACGGCUGCGGAAGGAUGCCCUACAACGGUCUCAAACGCAACGGGACCCACGUCCGGCUCCUCCGUCGGGGAGGAGAGCAGGCCACUUUACGGUAGGCAGCGUUGGUCAGAACGGGAAGAUCUUUCUAAGACCGAUUGUCAACCCGGCCCAGAAAGCACGCCGGGUAUCACCACCGACGUUUUCCCCUGCCCAAGUGAAUAAUGGACUCCUCCAACCGCAAAUUCCGGCCCGAGACGAUCCAUCGAGAUGGUCGAGUUCGCAGCUCUCGGAAUUGCGUGCCCCCGCCCGCGAAGAAAGGCCGGAGCAAAAUUACGAGUCCGCACAACCCGAGUAUACAAGCCAGCGUCGCCGAGCGAAUUCGUUUUCAACAAUAUCGGACAAGCAAUCCGUAUCUGGUGCCGACAGGCGUGGAGAGCUGCGGAUCGUCAUCGAUAGAUCCGAGGACCGGCCCAAGUCUGCAGGUGGGAAAACGGGACAUGUGCCUCUUGAGGUGCCCAUCCCUCAUUACCGGCUUGGGACUCCCCGGUUCAACACCGAGGGCAGUGCGGUCCUGCAGAGUUCCGUCUAUACGCGAACGUCCGUAUCUGACAAUUUCCGCAACUCGACAUUGCUGGGUGGAAUGGUUGACCCCCUACCAUCUCGCCUUCCAAGCCCAUUUGGCAGGGACAGGGACUCCUUUUCGCGUGGCCACCCAUCCUUUGCUAUCUCGAUGUUCUCGGGUACGGCGGCCAUUGAUCUCGGCCGGACUUCGCCCGUGCCGAGGAAUUCAGUCGUCUACGAGUUGAAGGGACCUGUUGAGCCCUCUAUCUACGAAACUCUGGUGUCGGACAUGGACGAUGGAGCCGUUGUUCGAUAUAAUUGCGGCACGAAAGACAUCAGCGCCGCAACACCUGCGCGGAUUGUUGCACAGAUCUCGUCAGAAUCUUUCAUGGACUAUGAAUUGGUGUCGGACUUCUUCCUCACUUUCCGUUCAUAUCUCUCUACCCGCCAUCUUCUGGCUCUUCUGCUUGCACGUCUGCAAUGGGCAAUUAAUCGUUUGCAAGAAGAUGGGCGGAUUAUUCGAAUUCGCACCUUUGCCGCUCUUCGACACUGGAUCUUGAACUACUUCGUCGAUGAUUUUGUCACCAACUACGAUCUGCGGACCCAAUUCUGUGAUACUAUAAACAGCCUAUACCAGGAGGUAAGGUCUCGAAGACAUGGGGGUAUGAGCGAUCUCAAGAUCCUCAUUGAUCUUAAACGAUGUUGGAAUGGCAAAUGCUCCGUGUAUUGGCCCGGCCCCGACUUCUCCAACGCAUAUAACGACCCAGACUUGGAUCUUGCACCUGGAAGCACCGAGGUUGAGCUGCCCAGCGAUGCUGUACCCCCCCAGCGGGUUGCAUUUCCUCGUUCCGGACCAGUCCUCUCUGUAGACACAGACGUCCAUGAAAUUCUACCACCAACGCAGCAUGACCGGAAUGAUUCUGCUGCGACGGAGCAGAGUAUACCAUUUUCCACCAAAAGCGACCAGAGCACACCGGCAUUGUCCUGCUCGCUGCCUCCCAAAUCACCCAAACGUCAAUCUGUGCCUCUGUCAAGAGUUAAAGCACCACACCCCGUACAGUUAGACUCGAACAGGUCUCCGGCUUCUCCGCACGAAUCGCCGGUAUCACCAAUCCUUUCACGUCAUCAUGCUUUCCAUGGACAUGGACAUAAGAGAAGCGGCAGCUUCUCAGAUUCGGUACGAGAUGAUCGAGCCCCGAUGUAUGCAGCAGAGGCAGGCCCAGCGGGCCCCGCACAGCAAGAAGUAUUUGACCCUGUUGGUCUUAUCCGUGGCGAGCUCUAUCCACCCGCAGAAUCAUACAUGACAAUGAUGGCACCGGAUUCUCCUCCUUUGGCCCCACCAUCAAUUAUCGCAACCCCAGAUCGCAGGAGCACACCAGAUGGCGCGUCGAAAUUGGUAUCAUCCAAUUCUGGGAUGAGGACUAUCAUUGGAUCGAUCAAGCGGGCGUUACACACCAGGAAUGGCGGACAGAGUGUUUCGGCUCGUAUGGCCAAUGCCCCCGAGGUAAUCGCUAUGCCCACGCGAAGCAAAACGUCCGCCUUGCCCACCAACGUCACUUUCGGAUCUGAAUUAUACCGAGACCGAAAGGCUCCGUCCGUACCCAAACGUCCAGCUCGCAUUGAUCUUCUUUGCGACGAAGUUUUAAAGCAAUAUCGCCUUCGUGAAGCGAUGGAAGAAGACGCCGCACAAGACAUUCCCCACAACCCACGCACUUCGGGGUUCCAGAUCACCGUACAAGAAGUUUCAUCCAAUAUCACUGAACCGAAAUCGCCGAGUGCUCCAGUGGCUGGGGGCUCAAAAACAAGGAGUGAGCUUACUACGGGCAGCGGGUCGAUUAUCAUUGUCGGUGAUGACACCGGCUUUGAUAUUCCCGCCAUGUCGGGGGCUGGUCCGGACUCUGCGGCUUACCGUGAGAGUAGUCAUACUCUAGGCUCGGACGACUAUUUGUCGUCAGAACGCACAUUAUCUCAGAGAUCCGAACAAACGGACGACCAUUCAUUGCUGCCAGCCCAGGACGACGCUGAGGACCUUGUGCUGACCCCUCAACGCUUAAGCUUCUUUUAUCCUACUCGGCCAGUCACACCCAGAUCUCAUUCUAGCGAACGAGUAUUCGUUCCUCACAAGAAAAGUUCCAUUUCCCUUCGGCUUCGGAAGUAUGCCUCGUUCCAAAGCGGGGUUUCCCGACAUCGGUUUUCCAUGGGCAGCGAAGCAGGCCUGUCUGCUCUCAGCUCGAGCGCUCCAUCAGAAAAGCCGGUUGGGCCACCGCUGCGUCGGAGACCCGGUGGAAAUUUGCGCCAGAUGCAGACAGGUGAUGAGCCCAAGACACCAUCUGCUCGUGGAUCAAUGGUCUCUCAUUACACUCUUGAUGGGUCUGUACUGGACAGCAAUGCGCCCACUGAAAGUGGUGAUGCCUCUAGACCUCAGUCUACACUAAUUCCUCCCAACCCUCGCUAUUCUCUCCUUCAUAGAGGUGCUGCGCGGAACUUGAGGCGGUCCUUUGAAGCGGCUAUUGCGCGGUUUGCUCAGAUCCCCGAUGAUCCUGAUGGUGGUAUUGAAUCUGCUUUGUUGAAACUGGAGGGCAAGUGGGAAGAUGCAUCCAGUACAGGGCAAGGGAGUCGGGAGCACCGAGAACACCCCUUGACUCCAUCCGGUGCCAGAAAAGACGUGCUCCCCCGGAGGCGACAGACAGACAAGUCGGCGUUUUCCACAGUUGCUGGACGCCUAGCACCGCCUCGACCCUACUCCGAUUCUGUCGCGGAAUCCGAAGAGUCCUACAACUCUAUUCCUCUGCUUGAACGGGGGUUGACUGACGAGUCGAUGAAACGUCCCCCAACAAGUCGUGCACCGACUAGUGAUAUCUACGGCACCCCUCUGAGUCUCAUGUCAAGUCGUGAUACCGCCGAGUUGGUAUCGCGUCCAUCAUUUCAGAUCGUCAAGGAGACUGAGAGCAUUCGACGCAUUCCGCGAGGAUUAGCUGCUCCCACAUCGGCACCUCGAGAGGUCAAGAGAGAGACGCCGAAACGAUUCUCAGCUCUUUCUUCGGACAUUGUCGUGAUUGAUUCGUAUGAUGUCGCCGAGGCACGCAGAUCUACCGGUAUGCACAGCCUGAGUGAAUCCACCGUUGAUAUCCCGCCUCACCCGCUGGCGCAUCCCCCAUCCCCUCCGAUGACCAUUCAGCACCCAGGCUCUGUCAUUUCUUGUGCAUCGCCACUGGAUAAGGUCUUGUUCCAGGCCCAGCCCUUGACGCCCGAUACGUCUCCCAGGCGGAAGAACGGGGAAAACCGAAGCUCACGACCAAGGCCUGUGCAGCAUUUCUCCAGCGACGUUCUUCUCAUUUCAGAAAAAAACCGCAACAUGAACCCCGACCAUGUCCCCUUUAUCCUGGCUUGCGAAUCGCAGGUUCUGGCACAGCAAAUGACACUGGUGGAAAUGGCGGCCUUGAGCGAAGUAGACUGGCGUGACCUGGUCGAGAUGAGAUGGGGUAACGGAUCCCCCAACAUCUGCAACUGGGUCGAAUUUCUCCGCGAGCAGCGCAAGGGCAUUGACCUGGUUGUUAGCCGCUUCAACCUCAUGGUGCGAUGGGUCUUGUCGGAGAUUGUCCUCACGCGCAAUCUCCACGAGCGGGCGCGUACGAUCACCAAGUACAUCCACACUGCGGUGCAUGCGCGCCGGAUGUGCAACUAUGCCACCAUGCUCCAGAUCGCCGUUGCCCUGUCCUCGUCGGACUGCACGCGGCUGCAGCAGACCUGGCAGCUUGUCCCUGCGGAGGACCGGCGUCUGUUUAAGGACAUGGAGUGUUUGAUUCAGCCGGUCCGCAACUUCCAUGAUCUUCGGGUUGAGAUGGAGACGGCCAAUUUGCAGGAAGGCUGCAUCCCCUUCAUCGGUCUGUACGUCCACGACCUUACCUACAACGCGCAGAAACCAGCCCAAGUCCCCAGCAACGCCGGCGGACUGCUCGUCAAUUUCGAGCGCUACCGCACCACCGCUCGGAUCGUUAAGAACCUUCUCCGGCUGAUUGACGCCAGCACCAAGUACCGAUUCGAGCCCAUCCAGGGCAUCAUCGAGCGGUGCCUGUGGAUCGCGUCGCUUCCCGAAGACGAGAUCCAAGCUCGCAGCAAAGAGCUUUCUUGA